AUGGGAGAUAGAAAAGGAGAUGUUAGAAUAUAUGUCAUCUCUUGUUUUUUCUUUGCAUGCACAAUUGGAGGAGGAAUCUUCCUUUGCAUGUACAUAUUCCUACCAGAUUCAGAAGCUGUACCAUGGUAUCUCUUUGUAGGCAUGGCAUUGGUAGCAAUUCCAUGGCUCGCUUGGUUCACCAUCUUUAUAUAUAGAUGCAUUGGACCUAAUAAUGUUCAAGAACACCAUAAUAAUAACAAUCAUGGUAAAAGUGCUGCAAUUUGGACACCAAAAUCUCCACAAGCAACUAGCCCUGGUGCAAAAUCCCCCCGUGAUUCCCUUGACGGUGGCGAUGGAGAGCGUCGCGUACAAUUAGGCGCGGUGGUAGAGAUGGGAAAUGGAGGCGGCGAAGAAAAUCACAACAAUGAAAAUGUUGUUGAUGAUCAUCAUGAGUCUAAGAAAGAACAAGAAAAACCAACGUUGCUAAUGGUUGAACACUAG